CUGCAGGGCCAGGACCUAGUGAUGAUUCUGAAGAAAGACACCAUGAGCCUGGUGGACCCCCUCGACCACAGCCUGAUCCACCGCCAGCCCAUCCUCAACAUCCGUGUCUGGGGUGUUGGCUGCAACAACGGCAGGUGCCAGGGGGACAGAGACUUCGCCUUUGUGGCCAGUGACAAGGACACCUGUGUCCUCAAGUGUCACGUCUUCCACUGCAAUGUGCCUGCCAAGGGCAUCGCCAAGGCUCUGCAUGAGAUGUGCUCCAAGAUCGUGGCCGAACGAGCUGUAGCGAGCAGCAGGCUGCCCCGUGCCGCCACGCUGGAGCCCAUUUCUGCCGAGGACCUGCCACUGCAAGUGGAUAUCCUAGAAGCGGUGCGGCAGUCGAUGCAGACCUACGAGGCGCUGUACAUCGGCAGCCUGCCCGUGCCCAGGGCCAUGGGGAUGGAUGUGUUGAACGACGCCAUCGAGAAGCUGACGAGACGCCCUGGGCGGGAGAACUGGACGCCCUCCCUCAUCUACGUGUCCGACACGGCCAUGAGGGUGCACCCGGCACAGGAGCCCGAGGAGGCGGCGCACAUCUGGGAGUGCCAGGUGCGGUACGUGACCUUCCUGGGCGUGGGCCGGGACGCGCACACCUUCGCGCUCAUCGUGGACACGGGGCGACGCUUCCAGUGCGCGGCCUUCUGGUGCGAGCCCGACGCCGGCACCAUCUCGGAGGCGGUGCAGGCCGCCUGCAUGGUGCAGUACCAGAAGUGCCUCGUGGCCGCCGCGCCGGGGGCGAAGGCGAAGAGCGCGGCUGGCCGGGGCCGGGGCGGGCCGGCGGCCGCGGGGAACGCUGCC